GGGUAGAAACUCAACUGAGUUGAUCCGGGUUUGUCAUGACACUAUCGCUCUUCUCCCUCGUCUUUACGCAUCACUCUACGAAGAACUCUUGCUCUCGUCUCUUUCUGACUCUCCUUGUCGAUUCAUCUUUGCUGCGACGUGAGCUUUUUGUUAACAAUGGCUGCGGAAGACAAGUGGUGCGUGGUGACCGGAGGGAGGGGUUUUGCCGCUCGGCAUCUGGUGGAAAUGUUAAUCCGGCAAAACGAAUAUUGCGUUCGCAUCGCCGAUUUGGAAGACAGCAUUGUUCUCGAGCCCCCCGAACAGUUGGGGCUUCUCGGCCAGGCCUUGAACUCCGGCCGGGCCCAAUACGUCUCCCUCGAUCUUCGCAACAAGGCCCAAGUCCUAAAAGCAUUAGAAGGAGUUGAGGUUGUGUUCCACAUGGCUGCUCCAAACUCUUCCAUUAACAACUACCAACUUCAUUAUUCCGUCAAUGUGCAAGGGACAAAGAAUGUCAUCGAUGCUUGCGUGGAUCAGAGGGUGAAGCGACUCAUUUACACCAGCUCUCCCAGCGUUGUUUUCGAUGGCGUUCAUGGGAUUCAUAAUGCUGACGAAACGAUGCCUUAUACACCUUCGCCUAAUGAUCAUUACUCAGCUACAAAAGCCGAGGGUGAGACAUUGGUUAUUAAAGCUAAUGGGACUAAUGGGCUCCUAACGUGUUGUAUUCGCCCUAGUAGCAUUUUUGGGCCCGGUGAUAGACUGUGGUUGCCUACACUUGUUGAUACUGCCAGAAAAGGGAAAUCCAAGUUCCUUAUUGGCGAUGGAAAUAAUGUUUAUGAUUUCACAUAUGUUGGAAAUGUGGCUCAUGCCCACAUAUGUGCUGAACGAGCUUUGGCUUCAGAAGAGCCAGUUUCAGAGAAAGCUGCUGGAGAGGUACCACUGAGAUUCUGUAUAUUUCUAACAAAUAUGGAGCCUAUGAAAUUUUGGGAGUUCGUUUCAGUGGUAUUGGAUGGUCUUGGAUAUGAAAGAUACUGCUGCUGUUUUAUCUUGCCCAUUGCGCAUUUGGUGGAAUGGAUAUAUAGGCUGCUUGGCCCAUAUGGGAUGCAGGUGCCUCAGUUAACCCCUUCAAGGAUUAGACUCGUGACCUGCAGCAGAACUUUCGAUUGCUCAAAAGCAAAGGAUCGCCUUGGCUAUGCCCCCAUCGUAACAAUGCAGGAGGGCCUGCUGAGGACAAUUGAAUCAUAUGCACACUUGAAGGCAGAAAAUCAACCUAAAACUAAAAGAGAAGGUCCCUCAAAAGCUUCCAAAUAUCUUGGAAGUGGAAGAGUGGCUGACACAUUGCUUUGGAAGGAUAAAAAGCAAACUCUCAUCACAUUGUUUGUCUUGAUUGCAAUAUACUUCAACUUCAUUGCAUCUGAAAAUACCAUCAUUAGUGCUCUGACAAAAGUUCUAUUGUUCACAUCGAUCUUUUUAUUCAUUCAUGGCGUUCUACCUGCAAAAAUGUUGGGGUAUACUGUUGAGAAAAUGCCCAAAUCAUGGUUUCAUUUGUCAGAAGAUAGGUCACAUAAAUGUGCUCUCUCAGUGGCCUCGUCAUGGAAUAUUGCUGUGAAUGUUUUGAAGUCCCUUGCAGAAGGGAAUGAUUGGGUAUUGUUAUUAAAGGUUGUUCUCUAUCUGUUCAUUCUUAGCUUCCUUGGAGCCUUUUCACUUCAGAACUUGUAUACGAUAGGAGUUACAUUUGCAUUUAUAGCUUUCUACGUAUACGAACAGAAGGAGGAAGACAUUGAUGGCAUGUUUAUAAAAACACAUUCUUUUAGUUGCAAAUUGAAAUCUGAUCUCACCAAAAAGUUUCUUUCUUCAAAGAAGAUUGAUUGAUAGGCUUUUUUCUUGAAAGUUGCACCUUAAAUAUUCUAUUGAGUUCCAUGUAUGACUAUAAUUGUAAUUUGAACACUUCUCAAUAUCAAAGAUCAGAUGAAGGAUGAUGUGCAUGUU